ACCAUUGCUCUGUAUGUGAAACGUGUGUUCUGAAGAUGGAUCAUCACUGUCCGUGGGUGAAUAACUGUGUGGGGUUCUCCAACUACAAGUUCUUCCUCCUCUUCCUGUCCUACUCCAUGGUCUACUGUGUGUUCAUCUCUGCCUCAGUCUUCAGAUUCUUCAUCAACUUCUGGGUGGGGGACCUGCCAAAUGGACCUGCUAAGUUCCACGUUCUCUUCCUGAUGUUUGUGGCUUUGAUGUUCUUGGUCAGUCUCAUGUUCCUGUUGGGUUACCACUGCUGGCUGGUCGUCCAGAACCGGUCCACACUAGAGGCGUUCUCUGCUCCAGUCUUCACCACAGGACCAGACCGUAACGGUUUCAAUGUGGGGGUCAGGAGGAACCUGCAGCAGGUGUUUGGAGACAUAAGAGACUCUGGUUCCUGCCUCUCUGCACCAGGUGAGACCCUAACCUCUACCUCAUCUAACCUGACCUUUAACCCCUAG